GAGACAGCAGAUGAGCUGAAGUUGUGUCUCAGCGCGUGUGUAAAGUUCUGAGUGUCAGUGAUUCUGUGAGUGAUCGUGAGUCCAGCUGUAAGUCUCUCUCGGUGGGAGGAGAUGAAGCACGACACUAGAGGAGCAGUCAAAGCUCCCGCACACCCUCUACCGGAGAACACAUCCUCCCGCGCGCCCGGUAAUCUACACCUCACACUCACUCGCGCCCGCCGCGGCUCCGGGAGAUCCGGAGGAACUCUUCCACGAGAGCCUGAACCCGACCGACAGCCUUCCCCCGAGAGACGCACCUGCUCAGAGUUCGGCCCGCGGACAGAGCGGGCUUCACGGAACCGACACCGCCAGGAUGGACAAACUUUUCGCGUGCCUCUUCACCGCGAUCGGCGUCCUGGUGUCCGCGCGAGCACAGGUGUUCAAAGGAGAUUGUGACUUUGAGAAGCCCUUCUCGUCGUGUGGGUACACCCAAGGGCGAGACGAUGACCUGGACUGGGAACAGAUUGACACCAGUGAAAAGUCUUCGCUGGACCCAUGGGUGCCACCAGGUUCUGCGUUCAUGAUGGUGAACUCGACGGCUCGGUUCUCGGGUCAGAAGGCUCUGCUCUUCACGCCGCAGCUGAAGGAGAACGACACGCACUGCGUCAUCUUCCAGUAUUACCUGGCGGGACGAGAGGGAGGACGGCCGGGACAUCUGAACGUCUACAUCAAGGAGAACAACAGCCCGAUGGGUUUACCUGUGUGGAACACGUCUGGACCCGCUGGACGCAGCUGGACUCAGGUGGAGCUCGCCAUCAGCACUUACUGGCCCAACUUCUACCAGAUCGUCUUUGAAGCGGUGACCUCGGGGCAGCGCGGCUUGCUGGCCAUCAAGGACGUGGUCCUCCAGGGCCAUCAGUGCAUGGACACGCCACACUUCCUUCAUAUCAAAGGCGUGGAGGUGAACGCUGGACAGUCGGCGACCUUCCACUGCACCGUCAACGGAGAAUGGAGAGACAACUUCAACCUCUGGCUGCAGGGAAUCGGUGGUCGGGAAGCUCCUAUGAAAGCAACCAAACCAUGGAAUAACCAGCGGUUUAUCGGCAUGUUUGAUGUAGUGAACACAACCAAACAGGACUCCGGCCGUUACAGAUGCAUCGUCCACUCGAACACAGGGGUGGGAGUGUCCAACUACGGAGAGCUGACCAUCAAACAGCCGCCGGUUCCCAUCGCUCCUCCUCAGCUCAUGGCGGUCGGGGCCACGUAUCUCUGGAUCCAGCUCAAUGCGAACUCCAUCAACGGAGACGGACCCAUCAUCAACCGCGAGGUGGAGUACCGCACCGUCUCCGGCACCAUGUACGACCUGCAGCCCGUCGAUAAAACCUCACACAAGAUCGGCCAUCUGGACCCCGACACGGAGUACGAGAUCAGCGUGCUGCUGACACGGCCCCUGGAGGGAGGAACCGGGGCCCCGGGGCCGCCGCUGAGAGCCCGCACCAAAUGUGCAGAGCCCAUGCACGGCCCGCGGAAGCUGAAAGUGGUGGACAUCAAGGCUCGCCAGGUGACGCUUCGCUGGGAGCCGUUCGGUUACAAUGUGACGCGCUGCCACAACUACAGUCUGACGGUUCAGUACCGCUCCAGAGGAGGAGGCAAGGAGGAGAGCAGGGAGGUGGCAUCAUAUGACAGCCGAAGCUCCGCCCCCCAGCACACCAUCCACAACCUCACGCCCUUCACCAACCUCAGCGUGAGGAUGCUGCUGCGCAACCGCGAGGGAGUCAGAGAGAGUCCCGAGAUCCACGUCCAGACCGAUGAAGACGUGCCGGGAGAAGUUCCUCUGGAUUCGAUCCAAGCCUCUGUGUAUGAAGACAAGAUCCUGCUGAAGUGGAGAGAACCAGCGCAGACCUUCGGCAUCAUCACUCAGUAUGAGAUCUCAUAUAAAGCCGUCAGCUCCUUCGACCCGGUGCUGGAUCUCUCUAACCAGAGCGGGAAGGUGGUUAAACUGGGGAAUGAAACCAGCAGUGUGUUUUUGGGUCUCUACCCGGGCUCCACGUACUCCUUCACCAUCAGAGCCAGCACUGCGAAGGGCUUCGGACCGCCGGCCAUCACACAGGCCACCACCAAGAUCUCAGCUCCGUCGAUGCCGGCGUAUGAUCAGGAGACUCCUCUGAACCAGACGGACAGCACGGUGACGGUGGUGCUGAAACCGGCUCAGAGCCGAGGCGCUCCUGUCAGUGUGUAUCAGGUGGUUGUGGAGGAGGAGCGUCCUCGAAGGGCUCGUGGAGGUGACGUGGAGAUCCUGCGCUGUUAUCCGCUGCCGGUUCACUAUCAGAACGCCAGCGUGCUGAACUCUCAGUACUACUACAGCGCUGAGUUCCCCUCCGCAGGCGUCUCACAGCCGCAGACCUUCACCAUCGGAGACAACCGAACCUACGGAGGAUACUGGAACGCCCCGCUGCUUCCUCACAAGAGCUACAGCAUCUACUAUCAGGCCGUCAGCGCCGCCAACGGGGAGACCAAGAUCGACUGCGUCCGUGUCGCUACCAAAGCUGCUAUCUUGGUGACGCAGCUCACCACUCCUUACGUUCGCAUCGCUCCGGCCGCUGGAGACAGUCAGCUAACAGGUGCGGCGACACACAAACCCAAUGCGGUGGAGCCGGAGAAACAGACCGACCACACGGUGAAGAUCGCCGGCGUCAUCGCAGGAAUACUGCUCUUCGUCAUCAUCUUCCUCGGCGUGGUGCUGCUCAUGAAGAAACGGAGAACCUAUCAGUCCUACACUUACUACCUGAAGCUGGCGAAGAAGCGCAAGGAGACUCUGAGCAGCACGAGACAGGAGAUGACCGUGAUGGUGAACUCAAUGGACAAGAGCUACACGGAGCAGGGAACCAACUGUGAUGAAGCGCUUUCAUUCAUGGACACACACAACCUCAACGGACGCUCCGGAUCUUCUCCGUGUUCUCUGACGGUGAAGACGAACACGCUGAGCAGCAGCAUCCCAAACACGUAUUACCCAGACCCCUUCGUCCCCACAGCGAUCUUAGUCCCCAUUAAUGACGAGACUCAAACCCUGACCAGUGACACCAGCAGCCUUGUGCAGUCUCACACGCACACACACUCUUCACACACACACUCGCUGUGCAAGCGCGAGGCUGUGGACGUGCCGUACCAGACGGGCCAGCUGCAUCCCGCCAUCCGUGUGGCCGACCUUCUGCAGCACAUCACGCAGAUGAAAUGCGCCGAGGGCUACGGCUUCAAAGAGGAGUAUGAGGUAAGAGCUCAUCGAUCCUGUCAUCCACACUGCCGCUCAUUCCUGAUGAUGUCAUUCAUCAUGAUGAUGAUGGUGAAGAUGAGUGUGUUUCUCUUUGUUUUGUUGAGUCAGUUUGUUAGUCUGAGAGUGUGUUCACAUCAGCUGCUGCUGCACAAGAGUCACACAUAUUUACUGCACGUUUUCCAAAUGGGGACAUUCUAUAGACUGUACUGUAACCAAAUCAUUUUUACAUAUCUUAUUUUUCUGUAA